GAGCUCACCGCCAGCUCCUCUCUCAAUUGGGUCACUGGGUCAGUUUGUAAUAAAUGUCCCAUCUAUGAGCUCAUCGCUGCCAACCAGAUUUAAGCCUCCCCUUUUCACGUCCCCCCUUGUAAACGGUGAACUGUUUGCUACUUGGCAUGACCUACCGAUUGGAGUAAAGGAUCUGGAAUGACAUAUCUAUUGUCGAUACACAAAACUCAGCGGAACCUAAAGCUUAUACAGUACAAUUUAACCAAAUAUGCAGGAGUUUCAAUAUCCUUCGCAAAUAUGCGAAGCUCAGAAGGAAAACGAAUGGCUCCUCCGGGCUAUUAAAUACGACUUCAGAAAUGGAAACAUCGAUUUGCUGCAAACGGUGGCGUUAUUACACAAACUCAACGUUCCAAUCAUCAAUGUUUGCACAGAGGCCCAUCGUGAGGCAAUUGACAAAGUUAAAUUUCGGAGUUUUGGGCCAGAAGACUUUCUUUUCAUGUAUAAAGGCUUCACCAAACGAACUGAACCUCGUGACCUGUUUAAGCAAUAUAGCUCAGAUGGCAAAAACAUGACAAUUUCUGAUCUACUAUAUUUCCUCAAAAGUGAUCAGCAUGAGAGCAAUGCAGAUGAGCACACAGCUUUAACGAUAAUUAACAACCAUGAACCAAUGAUGAGAAACAAAACAAAAAGAAGGUUGAUGACAUCCAGUGGUUUCUUAAGAUACCUAACCUCCACGGAUUGUUCCAUAUUCAAUCAAGAUCAUACCAAAAUCUAUCAAUGUAUGGAUUUGCCCAUGGUGAAUUAUUUCAUAGCAUCUUCACAAGACACCUGCUUCGUGAGCAAUCAACUAAUCGAACAAAGUGCCAUUAAUGGAUAUAUAAGUGCUUUGAAAAAAGGCUGCCGCUGUUUGGAACUGGUUUGCUGGGAUGGACCUGAUAAUGAGCCAAGACUGUAUCAUAGCUUCGCCUUGACUUCCAACAUUCUGGUAAAGGAGGUGCUUGAAGUUAUUAACAUUCAUGCGUUUGAGACAUCUGAGUACCCACUGAUCCUUUUGCUGGAAAUGAAUUGCAACCCAGUUCAACAGCGUAUAAUAGCCAAUUAUUUGGUCAAUAUCCUUGAAGACAAGUUGAUCAGCAUGAACCAUGUUGGUGAUGACCCAACUCAAUUGACUUCUCCUGAGGAGUUAAAAUAUAAGAUAUUGAUCAGGUGUAAGAAUGUUCGAAAAUUCAGUUGCAUGUACCCAGAAAUAUGGGAGCUUGUGGAUGGAGAGACUGGAGAUAACGGUGAAGAAUUUGACCCUGAAACAGAAUCUGAAGUAAAGAGUGUGGUACCAGCUGGGAUACGGACAUUCAGGAUGAAGAAGAAACAAAUGUUUAGACUCGCCAUGGAGUUCUCGAACGUUAUCGUGUACUCAAAGUCAGUUGAUUUCAAAGACUUCAAACACUCAAAGAACAACCAGCUGUUUUAUGAAAGCAAUUCAUUUUCAGAACACAAAGCAAUGAAGUUAAUAAAGCAAUCAGCUUCUGAAUUUGUAGCACACAAUUCAAAGUUCCUAUCAAGAACCUACUCUGCAGGUGCCAGACGAAAUCUUUCCAACUACAAACCUCAUGAAUUCUGGAAUGUUGGCUGUCAAAUGGUUGCUUUAAACUAUGAGGUUCCUGGACUAGGCAUGGACCUCAACAGAGGCAAGUUUCAGGACAAUGGAGGAUGUGGCUAUGUUCUCAAACCCAAAUUCAUGAAUCAUGAUAUUGCAUUUGACCCGCUGGCUUGUAAGAGUGUUGAACCGAUUAUCGUUGUUAUACAGAUCAUUAGUGGUCAGCAUUUACCAAUCUGUAGAACACCCAGCAAAAUAACAGUUGAUGCUUGUGUUCGUGUAGAAAUCUAUGGUGUAGCUAAAGACACUGUAGCACAACAAACCAAGGUGUUAACAUGUGCAGGUGAGGCAAGGUGCUACCCAUUGUGGAAUGAUUCUUUGCUUUUUUGCAUUCAAAUUCCAGAACUGGCAUUAGUGCGAUUCACAGUAAAAGACGUUAAUCCUCUCAGUGAGAAUGAUUUGCUUGGUCAGUACACGUUGCCAUUUACAAGCAUGAAGAAAGGUUAUCACAACAUCCCUUUACUAAGCUCCAAUGGCUUAAGGCUUGCUCCAGCGAUGCUGUUUGUGUAUGUGUGGUAUGCUUAGAAGUCUAUCAUCAUGAGGAAGCUCUGUGUUUCUAAUCUAUGCAUACCAUUUUCACAGAUUUUUAUCAAAAUACAGUUCACAACUCCAGAAUUUUCUUUUGUGAUUUAUUUAUGACUCUUAGAUGUCAAAUUAAGUGUUUAAGAUAACAUCUUACAAUGUUGCAUAACUAACAUGCAAAAAAUGUAAUUGCCAGGCACUGCUAAUAUCCUGUCAGUUCCAGUAAGAGGUGAAUUAAUCUAUUAAAGUUUGAGAAUGAAUUAAUAUUUAAACUAGCACCUCAGUCCCCUCAUCAUCUUCUUUUAUAUAGAACAGCAACCUUAGCCUAGUAGUCUUCUAAUGUUUCCUGGGAAGAGUUCUUUAUGAUUGGUAGAGGAAGGUACUCAGCAGAAAUGGAGCGUAGAGGUGGGUAUGACAAUGACUGUGCUGAACAGCGAAUGUAAGUAGUAAUUUAAUACCUGAAAAAUUAUUGAAUGGCUCCUGUGUGACCAAUUCUCACCAUUUUAUUUAGACACAUCUUGACACUGCACAUUGUCAGAAAUGGUACUGUUGCACUGGAACCCUUCAAAUUAAACUCAGGAGCCUUCUAAGAUAUAUAUUUUGAUUGAAGUGAAACAUUUUAACAGUUGGAAGCAAUUACUUGCAAACCAAUUCAUGGAACUGAAUUUUCCCUGGGGUGUGGAGUGGUUGCAAUUUUGACAUCAAGCUGAAUUCCGGCAUGGCAACAUAGUGGGUAGGGUGACAAAUGUGAUCUUUCCUGAUCUGACUAAUUAAGUGCCUGAAGGAGCCCCUUACUCUGAGGGAGGGUGGCUGGUUUCCACAGUCAAGAGGUACAAUCGGUAUGGGCAAGGGCUGCCAUCUGCAGGAAGGGACUCAAUCAGCUGGAGGGAAUUUCAUUUUCUAGACAAGAGUGAUGCUGGAAAAGCAUAGCAGUUCAGGCAGCAUCCGAGGAGCAGGAAAAUUGACGU